CUCGCUCUUUCGCUCUCUUCUUUCACGCGUCCCUGCUGCGAGAUUUAUCAACCUUGUCUUUAAACCGGCUUUUCACCGAUCCUUGGAAGCACUGCCAAGAUGCCCAGGGAAGACAGGACCACGUGGAAGUCAAACUAUUUUAUAAAAAUCAUCCAACUGUUGGAUGACUUUCCCAAAUGCUUCAUCGUGGGUGCAGACAAUGUCGGCUCCAAGCAGAUGCAGGCGAUCCGUCUGUGCUUGAGGGGUAGGGCUGUCGUGCUUAUGGGCAAGAACACCAUGAUGCGCAAGGCCAUCCGUGGCCAUCUGGAGAACAACCCGGCUUUGGAGAGACUGCUUCCCCACAUCCGUGGUAAUGUUGGCUUUGUUUUCACAAAGGAAGAUCUGCCAGACAUCAGGGAUCUGCUGUUGGCAAACAAAGUGCCAGCUGCUGCCCGUGCAGGUGCCAUUGCCCCGUGUGGAGUAACUGUGCCAGCCCAGAACACCGGGCUCGGUCCUGAGAAGACCUCCUUCUUCCAGGCUCUGGGUAUCACCACAAAGAUCUCCAGAGGAACCAUUGAAAUCCUGAGCGACGUCCAGCUGAUCAGAACUGGAGAUAAGGUGGGCGCCAGCGAGGCCACGCUCCUCAACAUGCUGAACAUCUCGCCCUUCUCUUACGGGCUGAUCAUCCAGCAGGUGUAUGAUAAUGGCAGCGUGUACAGCCCAGAGGUGCUGGACAUCACUGAAGAAGCCCUGCACAAGAGAUUCCUGGAGGGUGUGAGGAACAUCGCUAGCGUCUGUCUACAGAUCGGCUACCCCACCCUUGCCUCCAUCCCUCACUCCAUUAUCAAUGGAUACAAGAAGGUCCUGGCUGUUGCCGUGGAGACGGACUACUCUUUCCCCUUGGCCGAAAAGGUGAAGGCAUUCCUGGCUGACCCCAGCGCUUUCGCUGUGGCAGCUCCUGUCGCCUCAGCUGCUGUGGAGAAAGCUGCAGCUCCUGCUGCCAAAGUGGAGGCGCCUAAAGAGGAGUCUGAGGAGUCCGACCAAGACAUGGGCUUCGGUCUGUUUGAUUAAACUGUCAGAUGGAUGUUCAGUCUGCAAGUUAACCAAUAAAACAUCUUGGAUUAACCAA